GCCCCCGUGUGGCCAUAAUAAGCCACUACAGCCAUGAAAUCAAACUUAAAUGCAAUGCACCAUAGUGAAGGAAAAUCAUUACGACGUAUUAGGUUCUUUUUAAAUACCAUUCUACUCGAACAAAGUAAUCCAGUCUGUUUGUUAGGUAGCCCCCCUCUACAGACUGGGACGGAGCAUCUUCUCUGUCAGGAUGUCAACAUCUGAAAAUGCUUGGUCAUCUGGAGCUCGUGAUGCAUCACAGUCCACGUCGGAGGUUGAGCUGCGGCUCGCUCUUCUAGGAAAGACGGGAUCGGGAAGGAGCUCCUCUGGCAACACCAUCUUGGGCAGGCCGGCCUUCAGGGUGGACGUCUCCCCCAGCUCUGUCACCACACGUUGCACGAUGGAGACUGGGACAGCAGGCGGAAGGUGCAUCUCUGUGAUUGACACGCCAGGCUUCUUUCACACACACUUGUCCACUCAGGAGGUUAUAGGAGAAGUGGGACGGUGUGUAGCCCUGUCCACUCUUGGACCCCACGUAUUCUUGGUGACCCUGCAACUUGGCAGGUUCACCCAGGAGGAGAGCGAUGUCCUGCAGUGGAUCAAGGCAACAUUUGGACCUGAAGCCACCAGGUUUAUACUGGUGCUGUUCACAUGGGGAGACCAGCUGCAAGGAAAACGUGUGGAAGAGUUUCUGGAGCAGAAUGAUGAGCUGUCUGCAUUUGUCAGCAGCUGCAAUGGAAGCUUUCAUGUAUUUGACAAUAGCCAGCAGAAGAAUAUGACUCCCUGCUCCCAACAAGUGGAGCAACUUCUGACAAAGAUCAACAAGAUUGUGGAAAGCAACGGAGGCGGUUGUUAUAGCAACCACAUGUUCAAGGAGGCUGAGAAUGCCAUCAGGAACACCCAGGAGAGGAUUCUGGAAGAAAAGCGACAAAGGUGGCUACAUGUUGAGGAUGACGAAACAGAGGGCCAACAGCCAGAGCUGCAAAAGGGGCAGAGGGAGGAGGAGGCUGCCAGACGGAGGGCAGAGAGGCUCUUCUGGUGCGAGCUGUUGACUGCGAUUGGAACAGGUGCAGCUGAAGGGGCUGGUUUCACUGAGACGGAUAAAGGCAAAGGCAAAGCUUUGAAGAAAGUCAAAGUGGUGGAGAAGGCGGCGGCUCUGGUCACCUCGCCAUUCUCCAUCAGUUCAGCUGCAAAAGUGGUGGGAGGUGCUGUGAGAGAAGGAAGUAAGGUGCUCUACAAGCACCGUAAAACAUUCCUACACUGACUGACUGGAUUCCAGGCCUGGCUCUGCAGUCCACUAAAACGCAUAUCGAAAUCAGUUCACACGAUCAACACGCCACACGAGGCGUCAGUCCGUCACAUCCACUUACAUGUGUCGUUGAUAUCAUGCACCGCAUAAAAAGCACACAUUUCCAAUGUGUUUGCACUGAUCAAGAAAAAAAGGCAAUGAUAAUAAAUGUGCAAUUUAAUUUAGAGCGGAAAACACAUUUAAAGUUAAAAAAAAAAGAAAAAAAAUCCUGACUACAGCUAAAAUGAUAGCUUACAUUGGAAUGAAUUUCUAUUUAUAUUACACGUUUAUGUUUCAUUUUUGGCUUCUGUUCAUGCAAAAAAUGGUGAGCCCCUUUUAGUCCUGUGAUGAAACGCAUCAUCCUGAGAAAAAUUAAAUGAGAGAAAAAAAAAAAA